AUGGCGAUGAACCCUCAACCCAAUGGCCCUGGGUCCGCUCAAUCGAGAGAAAACUACAAACACUCCAUGCAGGAAUGGCGCCAAGCUGCACUCUCCCAGCGCAACCAAUAUGAACCCCGCGUAAAAGAGCAGGUCACUCGAUCGUUUCACGAAUACUCUCCCCCAUUUUACGCCUCAAUCAUCGGAUAUCGACGUGAUUGGAACCUCCUAGUUGCAACUUCACGAGUCUCGGGCUUUGCUGCUACGCUCGGUAGAGAUCUUGAGGAUGAAGAAGCAAAGGCCAUCGCCGAAUACACCCUCGACAACAUUCAUACCAACGCCAGUCUGAAAUGGCUGAGCGUCGCACUCGCUGGAUAUAUGACCUAUCGUGGACGUCGCACCUGGCAAUUCCCCUUUUAUAAGCCCAAGCUUGGUGGCCGAUUCAACCCUAACGAGGCUACCAGCAUAUUCACCAACAAGAAGAUCAGAGGUGCCUACCCUCGGUUUACAUGGCAUACGCUCCGGUUCACUGCCUAUGUUGCCGUCACGAUGCUCAUGGUUGAGCCCGCCUUUCGAGCUGUCAAUUUUAUCAGGACCGAAACUGCCAUGACACACGACCCAAGGUUAAAACAGUUCACUAAAGAUGCAAGCCAACGUGUUGAGCAGGUCAUGUCAAAUCCUAGCGUUUCAAAGACCGCCUUUACAGGCAGAGACGCACAUAGGGGUGGAGAUGAUGACCCCUGGGCCAGCAACGAAGCAAACAAUGCCAGCUCCGAGAGCAGAUAUCAGUCAUAUCAGUCUGCUCCCACACAAUCUUGGGACAAAGUCCAUUCUUCAACCUCUACCCAACAGAGUCAACAGCCGCCCAAUGAUGACUGGAGUGUCCUAGACGAUGAUGAUGCAUCGCCUGUCGCUGCCUCUGCUCGCAAGCAGCCGGUUUCUGCUCCUUCAGGCUCUGCAUGGGACCGCAUUCGACAACAGUCACAGGGUGCUCCUCGACAGCAGCAGCAAUCCGAUUACCAGUCUCGAGCUUGGGCGGCCCAUUCUCAAACCGAAUCACAACCGCAGUCACAGUCUGGUUGGGGCAACCAGGAUGCUGGUGGCUCCGCUGAUAGCUUCUCAUUCAGCAAGUCGGACGAGGAAAGGACUGUUGCCAAGGAACAAGCACAGAAUGAAUUUGACCGGCUGCUUGAAAGAGAAAGAAGUGGUGUGGACCAAAAGAACCCUUGGGGACGUAAGUAG